GAGGGAGUUCCCAGUCGUGCUGCCCCAAUCAAAUGAUGCCAGUUUGGCUACAGGGAUGUGUGUUGGAUAGAGUCCUGACCACAACAAGGCAGCCGCUGCAUGCACGCGGGCACUACUGCGAAGCAUACAUAUUCUGCCUUUCUGUUCGGCAGAGGCCCGGGGCGCACCUUGUUGUAUGUAAGUAGUAUAUUAUACUACCUUCGUAUGUACCUUGUAUUGUCAUACAACGACCAUACAGUAGCGUCUUAUCAGCAAUUUCUCAUUUCUUUUUCUUUCCAGCAGGCAGACGAAAGCCUGAAGAGGAUGCAGCCAAGCUGUGCAGUAAGGGUAGUUAGUGGCUGUUCCUCGCAUGCGCGAUGCAGCAAAGGCGGGCAGGUAUGUAUCAUUGAGAAAUGACAACCACUUUAGUUAGCUGCAAAGUACCUACUUACCUUCUAAGCUGGUUGCAGCUGAUGACCAGCUUUGGGGUGUUCCCUUCCCCACCCCUCCUUUGUCUGUGAAAGCGUCCUUUUCUUCUUCUGCAGUUUCACCCACUAUCCCUCCCCCGGUCAUCGGAUCAUGG